GCGUUUGCAAGCGGAAGUGCUCGGUGGCGGCACCGGGAGGAAUUCGGCGGGGGCGGCGUUGGCAUUGAGCGCUCGAUGGAGCACGUGACGGAGGGCUCUUGGGAGUCCCUGGCGACACCCCUGCAUCCGCGGGUGCUGGGCGUACUGAGGGAGCUGGGGUUCCCGUACAUGACGCCGGUGCAGUCUGCAACCAUCCCUCUGUUCAUGAAGAACAAAGAUGUUGCUGCAGAAGCGGUCACAGGUAGUGGCAAAACCCUCGCUUUUGUCAUUCCCAUCCUGGAAAUGCUUCUAAGAAGGGAAGAGAAGUUAAAAAAGAGUCAGGUUGGAGCCAUAAUCAUCACACCCACGCGAGAGCUGGCUAUUCAAAUAGAUGAGGUCCUGUCACAUUUCACAAAGCCCUUCCCACAGUUCAGCCAGAUUCUCUGGAUAGGAGGCAGGAAUCCUGGAGAAGAUGUUACAAGGUUUAAGGAGCAAGGUGGAAACAUCAUUGUGGCCACUCCAGGCCGCUUGGAAGACAUGUUCCGAAGGAAGGCUGAGGGCUUGGAUCUGACCAGCUGUGUGAGAUCCCUUGAUGUCCUGGUGCUGGAUGAAGCAGACAGACUGCUGGACAUGGGGUUUGAGGCAAGCAUAAACACCAUCCUGGAAUUUUUGCCGAAGCAGAGGAGAACGGGCCUUUUCUCCGCCACUCAGACGCAGGAAGUGGAGAACCUGGUGCGAGCAGGCCUGCGGAACCCGGUCCGUAUCUCGGUGAAGGAGAAGGGCGCAGCUUCCAGCACUCAGAAGACCCCGUCCCGCCUGGAGAACUACUACAUGGUCUGUAAAGCAGAUGAGAAAUUUAAUCAGCUGGUCCAUUUUCUUCGCAAUCAUAAGCAGGAAAAACACCUGGUCUUCUUCAGCACCUGUGCCUGUGUGGAGUACUAUGGACGGGCCCUGGAGGCCCUGGUGAGGAGUGUGACCAUAAUGUGCAUUCAUGGAAAGAUGAAAUAUAAGCGCAAUAAGAUCUUCAUGGAGUUCCGCAAACUGCAGAGUGGGAUCUUAGUGUGCACUGAUGUGAUGGCCCGAGGAAUAGAUAUUCCUGAAGUAAACUGGGUUUUGCAGUACGACCCUCCCAGCAGUGCAAGUGCCUUCGUGCAUCGCUGUGGCCGCACAGCUCGCAUUGGCCACGGAGGCAGCGCACUGGUGUUCCUCCUUCCCAUGGAAGAGUCUUACAUCAAUUUCCUUGCAAUUAACCAAAAAUGCCCCCUGCAGGAGAUGAAACUCCAGAAAAACACAGUAGACCUCCUUCCAAAGCUCAAGUCCAUGGCCCUGGCGGACAGAGCUAUGUUUGAAAAGGGCAUGAAAGCUUUUGUGUCAUAUGUCCAGGCUUAUGUGAAACAUGAAUGCAACCUCAUCUUCAGAUUAAAGGAUCUUGAUUUUGCUAGUCUUGCUCGAGGUUUUGCCCUGCUGAGAAUGCCCAGGAUGCCAGAACUGAGAGGAAAGCAGUUUCCUGAUUUUGUGCCUGUGGAUGUUAACACAGACACCAUUCCAUUUAAAGAUAAGAUUAGAGAAAAGCAGAGGCAGAAACUACUGGAUCAACAAAGAAAAGAGAAAAUAGAUAAUGAAGGGAGAAGAAAAUUCAUAAAAAAUAAAGCAUGGUCAAAGCAGAAGGCCAAAAAGGAAAAGAAGAAAAAAAUGAAUGAGAAAAGGAAAAGGGAAGAGGGUUCUGAUAUCGAAGAUGAGGACAUGGAAGAACUUCUCAAUGACACAAGGCUCUUGAAAAAGUUUAAAAAAGGAAAAAUCACUGAAGAAGAAUUUGAGAAGGGGUUCUUGACAAGUGGCAAAAGGACAGUCAAAGUGGCAGAUUUGGGGAUCUCAGAUUCGGAAGCUGACUGCUGAUUCCAGUGCCUCAGGGGGUGCAGGGAGCACAGGGAAUUGGGGCAGGGGUAGAGGGGAACGGAUGCUCACACUCUAGGAGCCAUCCAGGACCCACAUCCCUGCCAGCUGCCGUUUCAGCUUGGAGAGAGGUGGGUUAACGCUCAUGAAUAUUCUAGAACUGUGCCAGCCUUGGAGUAUAAAAUCACUUGAGUAUUAAUAAUAGAUGUCAGUGUUUAUCUUGAUGAGUCACCUAUAUUAAAGAGCUUACUUUCCUGUGGCUAUUUUAUACUUCCU